GCCGCUUCUCCGGGCGACAUGUGGACAGAUCAGCAUGGCUGAAGCUGAAAGCCUCGGGGAUUCCGCUCCCGUUGACGCAGCCUCAGCGAAGCCCCAGACCCUGUCGUGUCUUACGGUACCGUCCUUCUCUGAAGCGUGCGGCUUUAUAGACAGCAGGUUUUCCUGCCUCGUGCUGAAGACGCACCGCAGACACUUGUCGCUGUCCCCCAAGUAUCUGAGCAAGAAGCGGAGCGGCCUAAAGGAGCACCUCAGCGCCGAGCUCCUCAAGUACAACGCCGUAUUGGAAGGCGUCCCUGUGGCGUAUGAUAACAUCAAGCUGGUUGGUGAAUUGGGAGACAUAUACGAUGACGUUGGAUACAUUCACAUUAACAUUGAAGCCGACUUCGUCAUAUUCCAGCCAAAAUGCGGGCAGAGGCUUGUGGGUGUCGUCAAUAAGAAGGCGCCCAGUCAUAUCGGUUGCCUGGUCCAUGGUUGUUUCAAUGCUUCCAUACCAAGACCCAUAAAAAUGCCUGUAGAUGCUUGGCAGCACAUGGAAGUGAACUUAGGUGAUCAACUGGAAUUUGAAGUCUUCCGUCUGGACUCUGAUGCAGUGGGUGUAUUUUGCAUUCGUGGCAAACUGGAUAGGCAAUUGGAAGCUGAAGCUAUUGAAAAACUGAAUGUGAUGUCCGAGGAGCAGAAUUCAAAUGUGCCCAGUGGUGAAGUGCAGGACAUAGAAAUUGCAGUUGAUGAGACAAGCAUAUUGUCAGAGAAUACCACAAAGAAGAAAGGCAAGAAACGUUUAUUCGAAGAAACCGUUUCACAAAAUGCAUGUCUAGAGAACCAACAGGAUCCAAACUUGAGCUUGGAAGAAGCGCCUAAGAAAAAGAGAAAAAAGCACAAACAUCAGGAAGCCCUUUCUCUAGAUCAGUCUUUAGAGGUUGAUGGAUCUGGAGUUAAUUCUGCCUUGGAAGACCCCGUUAUGGACAUUUUAACCCAAUCCGAAUACAAAAUCAUGGAUAAAAAAAGUAAAAAGAAGAAACAUUGGGAAUCAUUAACAAACAGUGACAAUGGUGUAGCAGUAGAUGAUGGUGUAGUGGAACUUGACAGCAUGUCAGUGGUUCCCUCAAGUCAAGAGCAUAAAACCAAAAAGUCCAAGAAAAAGAAGUACAAGAUGAACUCUGACCUUGAGAGUAGCUUGCUGAAUGGUAUGACAGAAGAUUCAUUAGUCGGUGGAGAUGGCACAUUAGAAGAAUUAGAAACAGAACUUGGAGCCACAAAAAAGAAACAUAAGAAAAAAAACAAGAACACUUCUCUGGACCUAGACCAGGAUCUUGCUUCAUCUGAAACUCCACCAGACAAUGUCCUAAUCCAGCAGGAAACCCGCAAGAUUAAGAAACCCAAAAAGAGGCGGCAGGAUCCUGCAGAGCCGGACAGCUAAAACAGGGGUUCCUAGACCAAAGGUUAAUUUGGACCGGCAGCAGACAGCCGAUACAUUUCUGAACAUAUAGUGAAGAGGGGGACUGUAAAUCUUAAUUAUUUUCCUAUUGAAAAUAUAUUUUAAUAUUUGUGGUGCAUCAGUUUUAAAAGUGGUCAGCAUCUUUGUAUGAUGUAUUAAAUAAUUUGAACUUGA